UGUUAUAAAUAAUGCUCUGAACAUUUGUGUACAAUUUCUUGUGUGAACCUGUGUUUUAAUUUCUCUUGAGUAUAUGCCUAGGGAUAGAAUUGCAGGGUCUUAUGAUGUCUCUUCUGUGUGUUUAAGCUUUUGAGGAACUGCCAGACUGUUCUCCAAACUGGUUGCACUGUUUUACCUUUACCAGAAAUGUGUGAGGAUUCCAUUUUUAUACAUGCUCACCAGCAUUGUUUUGUCUGUUUGAUUCUAUCCAUGCUAAUAGGUGUGAAGUUGCUAAUCUUUUUCCUUAUGGAUUUCUAAUUUUUUUUUCCCUAUUUUUUUCCCCUCUCCUUACAGUGACUCAGAAAUUCUCACUCUUUUACCUGAAUGAGUCACUCUUUUGGGGUGAGAUCAUCCCCAGUAACUACCAUUAUUUUGAAGACUGAAAUGUUUUCCCUCUGAAUUUCAGAAUAUUUGUUGUUGGCAUUCAGAUGUAUCUCUGGUAAACAGGGCUGAGGGUUGGUGCUCCUCUCUUACCACACCCCCAUCUCUCUUAGUCCUCUGUGUGCCCAAAACCUGUAAUCACUGAAAAAGGAUAUCACUGUUAGAUGGCUGCACAGAGACCCUCCUGUUACGAUGAGCAGAAUCCAGGCCAGGGUCCUGUUACUGCCUCAAUUUCAAGUGUCUCCAGGCCAGUGGACCACUUAACAUACUUAUCAGACACUGGAAGAACUGUCGGGGCAAAGGUUUCCUUGUCACAGGGCCCUUUCUUCUGAGUACACAAAAGACGACUCUAACAGAAACCACCUGCCAGACUACAUGAAUCACUCAUCCAUUUUCUCUAAUUUAUAGUUUGGUUAGAUCCUGUCUCAUAAUUUAUGGUAAGGUAGAUCCUCUAUAGAUUGGAAUUUACAUUCAGUGUAAAAACAUUUGCCCAGUGUGUGUUAUGAACAAGAUUAUAAACAUGGUUAUGUAUUUAAAGCUAUUUCUGAGAAUAACAUUUUUCAAGCCCUUUCGAAGGAUACUGAUGAUUGAGUUAAUUUACUGGCCAUUUUCAUCUGUUAAUAAAAAUAAGGCCACUUGGUGCUCAAGCUUUGGAACUAGAUUUCUGUAAUUUAAAAGGGAAUGAUAGUACCUAACUUAAAGCCUGUUUUGAGUAUUGAAUUAAGCUGUGUAUGUGUUGUUAGCCUCAGCCCAACAUUUUAUAUUUCUAAAAUGUGACUAUCAGUUUUAUAUCUGUCAAACCACAGAUAUGUAGUGUAGGGCCUUAGGUUUUUACUGAGGGUGGAUUAGGAUAAAGUAAACAAUUAAAAUCUGUGUCAAUAUCUUUAAUCUCUUUUUAGGCAAUUGCGAUUGUACUGGGGUUCAUGGUUAUCGUGGCUUUUGCUUUAAUAAUUUUCUUUGCUGUGAAAACUCGAAGAAAGAUGGACCAGUAUGACAAGUCGAAUAUUUUGUGGGACAAGGAACAUAUUUAUGACGAACAACCCCCCAAUGUUGAAGAGUGGGUUAAAAAUGUGUCUGCAGGCACACAAGACAUGCCUCCCCCCCCUUCUGACUAUGUGGAGAGAGUGGACAGUCCCAUGGCCUACUCUUCCAAUGGUAAAGUGAAUGACAAGCGGUCGUAUCCAGAGUCUUCCUAUAAGUCAACACCGGUGCCCGAAGUGGUGCAGGAGCUGCCGGUGACCUCAGCUGUGGCUGACCUCAGGCAGCCUCACUACAGCAGUGGCAGGAACUUCGAGACGCCUUCCAGAAAGGCCCCCACGAGAGGCAGGGCGGGCAAGGCCAAGCGGCCGGAGCAGGACCACUACGAGACAGACUACACAACUGGUGGCGAGUCGUGCGACGAGCUGGAGGAGGACUGGAUCAGGGAAUAUCCACCUAUCACUUCAGAUCAACAAAGACAACUCUACAAGAGAAAUUUUGACACUGGCCUGCAGGAAUACAAGAGCUUACAAGCAGAACUUGAUGAGGUCAAUAAAGAACUCUCUCGUCUGGAUAAAGAAUUGGAUGACUAUAGAGAAGAAAGUGAAGAGUACAUGGCUGCUGCUGAUGAGUACAAUAGACUGAAGCAAGUUAAGGGAUCUGCAGAUUACAAAAAUAAGAGGAAUUAUUGCAAACAGUUGAAGAGCAAAUUGUCACACAUCAAGAAGAUGGUCGGAGAUUAUGAUAGACAGAAAACAUAGAAGGUCUGCCACACGGUUUGAGAGAUUAAGAAGUAUUUGACAUCUCUGCAAUGUUGUCAAGAGGCAAAAUGACUUUGGAUUUUAACCCAGGAGGCCAAAUCUUUGUGAUCAUUACAAAGUUUUGGUAGCUUUAAUUCAUCAGUAUUGAAGCAUUUUAUAAAUAGCUUUUGAUAAUCAACUGGGCUGAACACUCCAAUUAAGGGUUCUGUGCUUUAAAAUUCAUCUAUUGUAUUAAGGACUGACUGACUACAGGUUGAGGUUUUUAAACCUUGAAGGAACGUCCCACGGUGACCUGUGCUGUGAACUUGCACAGUCUUUUCUUAAAACGUAAGUGAGCUCAUUGGUUCCCAUAGGUGAUCUCGUCCAUUCCUCCCAGAACUCUGCCUUCAGAACUGUUAUUUAUAACCAGUCCUUCUCAGGUAAGGAAACUUGGUCCCUGCAGUGAAGUCUCUGAAGGGAAAGUGCCUGUUUCCUGGCUUGCAGUUUUUGUUCAGUCUGUUUUGUGACUUGAGUUCAUGAAUAAAGUCCCUGGCCUUUUGUAUGUUAGCUAACUAUGGCUAGUGCAUUCUACCAACCUCCCUAUUGAUUUUUUUUUCUGUGUAUCGUGGUGUUAAAAGAGCUUUUUAUUGUUUUAUGAAAUUAUCCAGAGAAUAAAGAUCAUGUAAAAAUAACAAAUUGUGAAACUUAAAGAUUGUAAAUAUAUAUUUACCUUUUAAGAAUCAAAAUUUAAACCUCCUAGUUAGAAUUCUGUUGUGUAUUCUAAAAUACUUUGUAAUCUUUUAUGGUUUACAUGCAUUGUUUUGUUUUCUUUUUUUUAAACUAGGCUUUUUCAUUAUAUCAGAGUAUCUGAUGAUGUUGCUAAUUCAGUUGUGACUUGAAUUGUAUCUUAAACAAUGUUCAAGUUCUGUAUAUACUUUCUAAGGUAUUAA